CGCAAUUACAUGCAGGUAGCAAGUGCAAGUCACAACUUGCGCACAACCGAGUUUGCGCGCAACAGCUACACGGUGGGGUAGGGCCUACAUCGUUCAGCUACAGGCGGUAGUGUUGUGUGAGGCGACUCUAAAGGUCCCCUGGAAUUUAUAAUCACGGUUUUAAAAUGGGCGUUACGAGAGAAGUCAUUACUGAAGGAAAGGGGGAAACAUAUCCCAAGACGGGACAGACAGUGAUCGUACAUUAUACAGGGACCUUACAGAAUGGUAAAAAGUUUGACUCGUCCAGGGACCGCAGUAAGCCAUUUGAAUUCAAAAUCGGAAUGGGACAAGUCAUCAAGGGAUGGGACGAAGGAGUUGCACAGAUGAGUGUUGGCGAGAGGGCCCUGCUGACUUGCCCACCUGAGUACGCCUACGGUGCAGCUGGUCAUCCUGGAGUUAUUCCUCCCAACGCGACACUGAUCUUCGACGUUGAGCUGCUGGCAAUCAAGUAACAUGUAGGCUGACUUGCCUUGUCUGCCCUCUCCUCGCAUUGAAGACCUCAACAGCAGAGUCUCUCGUUUGAAGUAGUCAAGAUUUGUAGGUGCUACAUGUAUUAGAUAGUGUAUUCCUUGUAACAAGCUCAUUUCACGUGUAUGCCAGAAACCACAGAUGCUAGUCAAGUUCAAUGGUCUCAUAUUCUUAGAACACUGCAUUUUCAUUGGACGUUUUCCUGGUCUACUGGAGGAUUAUCUCACCAGCCAUGGCACAGCAUCAUGAAAUAGAAGGGCUAUUCACCAAAAACACACUACUCAGGUUAAUUUGAUGAUGUUGAAGAACCCCCCAAAAAGUUGUUCACUUGUCAAACACUGUUCGUCAGUGUGCAUCAGUUGUCGAUUUUUAGGUUGGUAGCCCAUUUUUGCACAGCAACAUUUAUCUGCAAAAAGGCUCAGUUUGCCUGAUAACUCUUGCAAAGGGGGUUGUCCAUUCCCCAACCCCAUGUUUGGUUCCUCUUUCAUAUUGGAGUAUUUUUGUUCUGUGUCAGCAUUUACUCAGAAAAAGAAACGGCAACUAGACCUAGUUGUUAAAACUGUAACUGCAUGUGCUUUACUUUGGUUGUCAAAUCCAUUAGCAUCCUGUACGUUAUUUUGUGAGUAAAUGUUGUGUGUAUGUGAGUACUGUCCAAGUUCUUUAGAUUUCUAAGCUAGAAAUUGUACAGGUGUAGCUGUAACGCUCAUUCUUUACCAGGACAGAUAAGCUUGUGGACAAACCAGAACAAUUUUCACACAUGACAAUCAUGUACUGUGUAAUUUCACCCUUCAUGUCGCUGUGCUUUGUUCACAGUGUUGUACAUGUAAGUUUCAGAGCAGUUGAUGUGCGGUGCCAUAAGUGUGGACAGAUAGGGUUCCGGCCUGCAAAUGUUAAAUAAUCGCCGCAAUCUUUUAGCUCAGUGCUCAUUACGAUGUGAUUCUUAAUACCACUUUCUUCUUUUCUCUUUGGCCACUUGCUCGGAGUUAUGACCAACAUUUGUAAAUAUUGGCCAUUUUACGACUGGCAACUUACAGCUCUAAACCACACAUUCAGUAUGCUGCUUUGUAUCAGUUUUUAUCCUAGAUAUUACUCAUCAGUAAUGCAAGAGUGGUUUAUAUUCGGUUUCCAUACAGAGCCCCACUAAAAACAAGUAUCAUAUGGUUUUUGUCUCAUUUUUUACUAUCCAAAAGGGUUACCAUAGCAUCGACAUAUUGUUUCAGGCUUAGCCAUUGAGUAAAAGCUUCAGCUCAUCUGUGUUAUAGAAACACAAAUAAGAUUUUGAGUUUUGUAACCCGGAAAGAAUAUAGUCCAAGUAAAAUUAGACUGUACAAAUCCAAACAUCAUAAACUUCAUCCAGUGUUUAUUGACCUCAUUUUAGUGAAGCAUGAUCUCUUCAGUAUAUCUGAGAAAUGGUGGCAGCUGUGUGCCACUGGUUAUUAAAAAUAAAUCAUUUAACACAAACAAAAUCCUAUUACUUUGGAGUAUUUCACUUGUAUUAAUACUGCAAGGGCAUGAAAUUGGCCAAUCGCAGGCAUUGGUAGUCUGGUCGUGCACAGUGAUUGGCGACUUGGACAAGGUUAGGUGGUUAGCAUCAGAAAGGUGACUUUUGACCUGCUACUGUGAACCUUACCAAUCAAAUCGGUGCCCAGCCAAAGUGACUCCAAAAACUGGACAACUUCAACACACAAAGACUGUCGAGUUCUGUGUAUUUAGUAAGUUCCUUCCUUUGAUUUUCCUUUCUUCUUUUGUAAGCAAAACCACUCUUCCUGUUUAAUCUACUGGUAUAUCAGCUCUACACUCUUACUGAUAUCUACGUACAUGUGCAUGAAUAUGUAUCUGGGCAGUUUUCAGCAGUAAUAAACCACUGCAGAAAGUGCACCCAA